GCUAAAAUUAGUACCGGAGCGCCACGUGCGCUUCGAACGAGCAUCAGUCCGCGCUCAACCACCACGUCGAACGGUCGCUCCCGCACACACGCCGGUGUUUACUACUGUAACUUAACCUACACACUCGUGCGACCCGUAGCCUGGUAGACCGCGACAGCGGCAGUGACAGUGUUAGCAGAGUGCAACGGUGGCCGGCGCGACGGAGGCUGUGCAAGGCAUGUUGAUGGCGGGCGCUCUGCCGGCCGAGCCCGAGGGGCUGCUGGCACUAGGCGCGCUGCCGGGCCAGAAGGAUACCACCUGGACGAAGCUGUUCGUCGGAGGACUCCCGUACCACACCACGGACAAGAGCCUCAGGGAACACUUCGCAGUCUACGGUGAUAUCGAGGAAGCAGUCGUCAUUACAGACAGACAGACCAGCAAAAGCAGAGGAUAUGGCUUUGUAAUAAUGGGUGACCGAGCGGCGGCGGAGAGAGCGUGCAAGGACCCGAAUCCCAUCAUAGACGGGAGGAAAGCAAACGUAAAUCUCGCCAUCCUCGGAGCCAAGCCCAGAGGGAACCUGGCGCCAGGUUUCGGGUUAGCCGCAGCAGCUGCGGCGGGUGUUCGUGCCGGCUAUCAAACAGUGCUGCCAUCGCCGUACGGGUUGUCGCCUGGAUACAUGUACAGCACGCCUCAGUACAUGAACGCGAUGAGCGGCGUGGGAGCGAGCGUGGGCACGGGAGCCGGUGGCCUGGUGCAACUGCCGCAGCUUCAGCACGCCGCUGCAGUCGCUGCAGCGAACCACCUGUACGAGUAUCAAGCGGCUGCAGCGCAGGGCGCGGCGGCAUACCAACAGCAGUACGCAGCAGCUGGCUUCGACCCUUAUGCUACAGCUGCUGCAGCAGCGGCGGCAGCAGCUAGCGGUGCAGGCUACGUGUCUCCGUACUACACGCUGCAGGGCGGCGGCAUGCAGGCCGCCCCCCUCCUGCCCCCCCUGCCUUACCCCCCGCAGCUGCAAGAGGCGCGGAUGCAGUAGAUCUCACCACACCGUUCCCGGAAACAUUACUGAUGACGCGCCCCAUGUUAGUAUGAAUUCAGAUCUGAGUUUAAAGUAAACAUACUUGCAAUAACUUGCUAAGUUUCACCAGUAAUGAAUUCGAGAACCUCUCACACGGUUAUAGGUCUGAUUGUGAAAAGUAUAAUGACACAGCUGUUACAGCGAACGUUCGGUGCCUUUUGUCGGACGUAGUGAAGUCGAUAGCAAACCAUGUCAUUAGGAAAAUUUAAUGAUUACACUCUGAUGGAAGUAAGGCCAAAUAUUUAGACUAAACGUCUAGAAUCUAGUUGAAUCCAUAAACCAAAAAUGUUAAAGAAUGACCAAAGGCUAUGAGCUUUUUAUUUAUAGAAUUAAGACCUCGGUACUUAACCAGUUCAGUGGUGAUGAAACUAUGUAGUUAAUGAUUACGUACUUAUUCGUACUAUGUGUACCUAAGUUAUAAAAAGCACCAAUACCAUUGUAAUAUCGUUAAGAUACAAACAUAUUUGUACUAGCUAUGUUGAAAUAUUCUUGCCUCAUUCAUUCAACUUCCUAACAUCACAUAUUUUUAUACGUAUAGACCAUAGUUAGAUAUAUUUUCUUAUUAGAUACCCUUCAUAUUCAGAUAUCUAUAUAUUAAAAAUAUAUUCUAAUAUUUAGAAAUGAAAAUAACAUUUAAAAGCAUACAGCUGUUAAAUGACAAUAAAUAAAAUUAAAGAAAGCAUUAUCCAUGUUAAUAAGAAAAAAUAAAAAGUUAGGGCAAGUUAUUUUUAAUUUGCCUUCUUAUGCAGAUACAGUUAGCAACAAAAGUAUCUAUUACCUUUAUCCUAAAAGGAAUUGAAAAAACUAUAGAUAAAUUGCAAAACUUUUUUACCAUCAGAAAAGUAUUUAUUAGUUACCUCAUAUGAGAAUCUAUGGCAUCUAUCGAUCAAUGCUUGCGAAAACGCAUUAACUCUCUGACAGCUGUUUAUAAAACGAAUACUUUACCUAAAAAAAACCUCUGAUUCAUCACAGUUAUUGUGUACUUCCUAUCCAUAAUUUCCAUUUUAUGUAAAGUUUUAUUUAAUAAGAUAGGUGUAUACACAUUUAUCCAGUUACUUAUUGAAAAAAAUCUAUGGAACGCCUUAGAACUAAACUUAAUUCUUGGAUUUACGAAGAUUAGUUUCGAACGAGUCAAUCUUAUGUGAGCAAGUCUUCUUCUAAAUCAUUACCUUAUAAAAGUUUACAACUUCAUGGCUUAUAUAACUUAUAAAGAAGUAUUAUAAGUGAGUAAAUUCUUCAUUCGAAAUGAAGUCUCUCAAUUCGUUUGGUUGUAAGACGCCAUAGAUAUAACUUAAGUUUUUCUAGUUCUCUAUUAACGUGUCCAUGUUGCUCAAUAAGUCCUAAAAUGGACUUGGUUUAGCUUAAGAAUGAGGGAGAGCAAUAAAGGGUUAAGUAAGUAAUUUUAAGUAACGUACUUUAUUACUGUCUCAGUGAAAAAAACUACAAUAUUUUUUGUACACAACCUAUACGCCCUUGUACUAUUAAACUAUUAUUACUUAUAUAAUUGUUUCUCCAACGCGGUCUAGGGUACUUAGUAUAUUUAAUAGUUAGGAUAAUUCAAUUACUAGUCCAUGUAAUUUUAAUAUAUUGAAUUAUAGGCAGUCGCCGGCCAUUCUACUAAUGAGAAAAUCGAUAUAUAUUUAUACGAAUUACAUCGUCAACUGCUUGAUGUGAUACAAAUCAGCUAUGGACAGUUCUGUAUCAUUUUAGUAACGGCGUAUUACUAACUGUUUAUUUCGUUUGGCAGCCAUUAAAAUAUUAACGCGGGAGUGAGAUUCACCUAGAAUGAAGUCGAGGACUUGGACGGCGACAUAGUACAAGUUAGGGGUAACAACCCGAGUAGGUAGGUAUCACUGAUACAUAGCACGUAAGCUUAAUCUUAAUUGUAAUAUUCUGUUAUUCGUAAUUUAUUUUGUUGAUAUUUGUAAAUCUACAUGUUGAUAACUAUUUAUUAUGUGGAAGAUAAAUAAAAAAUUGUUGAAUAUUUACCGACCGAAUCGAAUCUCUCAGCGCCCGGAGUUUUCACAGUUUAAACAUGAUUCGGUCUGAUAUAUUGAAUUAUAUACAUUCAUUAUAACUUUAAAUGUAAGUAGAAUAAUAUUAUAACUAGAUGCGUACCAAAAGAAACAUAGUAAGCCAUAGAAGUGGCCAUCUUGCCUUAUAUAUAGAAGAAAUAUUGUACUUAGUUAUAUAUAACACUAAAUUAUACACACAUAUCAUCAAGGUAUAAAAUUGUUCAGAGCGGCAAUACGCACUGAAUUGUCCAUAAUAGUGCAUUUCAUUCACAGUAAUUUUAAGCACAAUUACUAUUAUAUAUGUAUUACAUUACUAUAUGAACGUGAAUUCAUAAUAAAUACUUAAUAACUGUUAUAAUUAAUUUUUAAUUAUACUAUCGUACUUAAUUUAGGUUAAUAUAAAAAGGAAAAUAAAUUUUUAAGGUACA